AGUUCAUUGAAAACAUGGCAGGUGAUAUUAAAGUAGAAGACGAAGAGGAGAAUAUUUUAUAUGAUUUACUUAUUAACACCGAAUGGCCGCCCGAAACAGACACUCAGCUGCGUGGAUUAAAAGAGCGCAACUCCUCUCUCAUUGCGAAGGCAGUAACAGGGCCCUUCAGGUUUAUUCUUCAUUACCUUUGGUACAGCCCAUCCAGCUCAACUCUACCACCCGGGCUGGUGCGCCUAGCAACCAAACAAGUGAACUGGCAACUGGUUCUGGCAAGUAAUGGAAAACUUCUGGCUGUGGUUCAAGACCAAUGCGUGGAAAUUAGGUCAGCUAGAGAUGAUUUUGGAUCAGUCAUAGGAAAAUGCCAAGUGCCCAAGGACCCAAACCCUCACUGGCGCAAGGUUGCAUGGAGUCAUGAUUGUGCCCUGCUGGCUUAUGCUGACAGCACCGGCACGGUCCGAGUCUUCGACCUGAUGGGCAGCGAGCUCUUCAUUAUACCUCCUGCGGUGAGCUUCCCUGGAGAUUUUAGUUAUGCAGCAGCCGGUCUGAUGUUCUUGGAGUACACCGCCAGCGCUCAGUGGUCAGCCGAGCUGCUGGUUAUCACCUACAGUGGGCAACUCAAGAGUUUUCUGGUUAGUGUUGGAACCAAUCAGGGCUUUCAGGAGAAUCACAGCUUUAGUUUCUCUGCUCACUAUUCCAAUGGGAUUACCACAGCUAUAUAUCAUCCAAACCACAGGUUACUGCUGGUGGGAGGGUGUGAGUCCAAUGACAGUAAUGCUUCCAGGGCGAGCCGUUGUGGGAUCACAGCCUGGAGGGUGUUAUCGGGGUCACCACACUAUAAACAGGUCACCAGCUAUGAAGAUGACAUUAGUGCGUCUCAGAGGCGUGGAUUCCUCAGGAUGCCCAGCUUCCUCCAUUUAUCCAGGCGUAACAACGAACAGGACGGCGUGUUCAGAAUGAGUUUGUCUCCUGAUGGCACUGUUCUGGCUGUGAUCCACUUCUCGGGAAGUCUGAGUCUCUGGGAUAUUCCAUCAUUCAAACUGAGAGGCAGCUGGAAACAAGAGGAACAACCUGGAUUUGACGAGAUCAACCCGGAGUGGAAGACCUCGCUGGAGAAAAGGAAAAAGAUAAGAGAUAAGGAGCAGUAUCAGUGUCUGCUAGAUGUGAGCUGGUGGAGUGAAACGGCACUGAUUUUGGCUCGCUGUUCUGGGGCCCUCACUGUGUCCUCUGUGCGGACCCUUAAAAAUCUGUUGGGCAAAUCCUGCGAGUGGUUCGAACCCUCACCGCGAGUCACCUCGGCCCAUGAUGCCGGCUUCCUUAGUUUGGAGUGUGAGGUCAAGUUGGCCCAAAAACGCUCUCGUAUGGAGAGCAGCGUGCCAGGUGAGGAGGACGAUGGAGAGGAAGACUCCGAUUCUGAUGAAGAGUCCUCCGCAAAGGCGCGCUAUUCCGGCUACGUCAAGCAGGGCCUGUAUUACGUGACCGAGAUGGAACGUUUCGCCCCUCCCAGAAAACGUGCUCGAACCGUCAUUAAGAACUACCGACUUGUCAGCCUGCGGUCUACCACACCGGAGGAGCUCUAUCAGAGAAAGAUUGAUAAUGAGGAGUAUGGAGAAGCUCUUUCUUUGGCUCAAGCCUAUGAUCUGGAUUCUGAUCUCGUAUACCAGCGACAGUGGAGGAAAUCCACAGUCAGCAUCGCAUCCAUUCAGGACUACCUGAGUAAGAUAAAGAAGAGAUCAUGGGUACUGCACGAAUGUUUGGAGAGGGUUCCAGAGAACGUGGACGCUGCCAAAGAACUUCUGCAGUACGGCCUGAAAGGAACCGAUCUCGAAGCUUUGAUCGCCAUCGGUAACGGAGAAGCCCGGGGCAGAUUCAUCCUGCCUGGUGAUAUGGACCUGGAUGAUACUCCAUAUGAAGACUUUCUAUCCACGGAGGAAGUGAUUAAGCAGAGGAAAGAAAGGGAGGACAAGAGGAGGCAGGAUCUUCUCAAGAAAGUGGAAUUUAGCAAGUUGACGCUGGAGCAGAAGGAGCUCUGUAGGAGCAGAUUGAAGCUUCUUUGCUAUCUGGACCGUUUGGCCACUUACGAGGAGAUUCUGGGAGGACCACAUGCCGCAGAGCAGAGAUUCGACGGCGAGUUUUUCAAGAAGUUCCGCAAUCAGAAUAUUGUUCUGUCAGCAAGAACUUACGCGAGGGAGAGCAACGUGCAGGCUCUGGACAUUCUCUUUACUUAUCAUGGCUCAGAGCUUCUCCAGCAUCGUCUCGCCGUACUGUUCAAUUUCCCAGAAACCACCUCUCCUCACGAGUACGCCGACCUUCUGCCUAAGGCUGGUGUGGAUAAGAAGAAUAACUUGGCUUUGAUUCCCUGGGAGGAAAGUAGACACAGAGAACUGGAUUGGUGUGAGCUUCCUGAGUGCAGAGGAGUGGUGGAGCCCAACCUAGUGGACGACUGCCACUUCCUGUACGAAGAACAGCCAGAAUUGGAGAAAUUCUGUAGCGCUGAACCCCCCAUCACGCUGUUGACAGAGUGGUAUCUGACCAGAGCGCAGGAGUUAGAGAGCCAUUCUCGCCAGGUUGAUUGUUCCCUGUCGCUGGUGCGUCUGGGAAAAGAGCAGAACAUUCCUGGGCUGGAGGUACUGUGUGACGACCUGGUUACCAUGGAGACACUGGUGUACGAGACAUCAUGUGACCUGAGUCUCACGCUAAAGGAGCUCCAGCAGCUUAGGGACAUUGACAAGCUCCGCCUUCUCAUGAAAAAUUCUAGUGAGGAUCGAUACAUUAGGAAUUUAUUCCAGUGGAUAUUCCCGUUUCUGCACCGCUGUGAGGGGCAGCGGGUGGGCUCAUCAUCCAGCCUGCUCAGAGAGUACCUUGUCACCCUCGCCAAAGACGAUCUCAGACUUCCUCUCAAAAUCUUCCUGAACUCAAAGCCAGACUGUCAUCCAAAGGUGAUGGGAAACUCCGAUCAGCUUAUGUCUGUGGCAUUAGAGUGUAUCUACAGCUGUGAGAGGGACGAUCAGCUGGCCGUCUGCUAUGAUAUACUUGAAUGUCUUCCUCAGAGAGGAUACGGAGCAAAGACAGAUGCCACAAAAGCCUUACAUGACCAAGUGGACACUCUAGAGAAACACUUGAGUGUUGCUGAGGUGUUGGAGAAGCAUGGCCUUCAGAAGCCCAUUUCAUUUGUGAGGAACAGUCAGAACAGCAAAGAGGAAGCUCACCAGCUGAUGGUCCGACUCACCCGUCACACAGGACGCAAAAACCCUCCUGCGAGUGAGACAGUUUGGAGAGGUUUACUUCAAGAUCUCCUGGACAUGCAGCAGAAUGUGUAUACAUGUCUAGAGCCAGAGACAUGCCAUCAGGUGUUUGUGGAGAGUUUGUUAUGUUCAGGCCGAGAGGAGAAUAUUCGUCUGGCCGGUCAGCUCGUGCACUGCAGUGCCGUGUCAGAGGACACUCCAGUGAGCGUGGCUCUCCGCGGAAAAGCUCACGCCCGCGUAGCUUAUAACCGCAGUGUGGAGCUGGUGCUGGAUGCUGGCCGUGAAUACUUCAACUCCUCUGCCACUCUCAGUGACCCUUGCAUGAACCUGGCACGGUCAUGUCUGCUGUUGAUCACGGAUCGUCCUCCUCUUAUUCAGGAGGAAUUGGACCUCAUUAGCGCCCUCUCUAAACUGGAGGAAUUCGGCGUGAAGGUUCUGCCCUUACAAGUGCGUUUGCGGGCAGAUCGUCUAUCAUUGGUAAAGGAAUGCAUCUCCCAGUGCCCUACCGCAUACAAGCAGUCCACACUUCUGCUCAGCCUGGCCAAACUGCUGCGGGUUGCAGGUGAUGAUGAGGCCAGGAGGAAGGGUCAGGUUCUCACUCUUUUGGCAGAACAGGCUCUGCACUGUCAGGAUUUCAAGGCCGCGUAUAUUCACUGCCAGGAUCUGAUGGCUGCAGGCUAUAGAGAUGGCUGGGAGGUUUGUGCUCAGCUGGGCCAGUGUGAGAUGUACUCACAGCUCUCUGCCCGUCACGAUCUGAUGGCCUUCUCCCUUACACACUGCCCUCCCGCCACCAUCCAGAACCUUCUAGCAUCAUCCAGUUCCCUUCAGACACAGGUUUUGUACCAGGCUGUGAAUUAUAAGAUUGAUCCCUCUCAUGGCAGGAGAGUAGGCGGUGAGAUAUCGGAGCAGACAGGAGCCGCUGUUUCAGGAUCAGCCUCUGGCUCGAUUAACCCCACAGACCUUUUGCACAGAACCACGGCCCGCACAAUAGAGGUCCUGACCAACACCACCACGACCACCAGAGCUGUUCUGACCGCUGUCAGUGACUCCCAUUGGUGGAAGGACUCCCUCAGUUUGCUCCGCCCUCUGCACGGACAGGGCUUGGAUAGAAGCCGCACCGCAGUGGCCAAUGAGAACGCAGAUCUGGAAAGGCAAGGAUGCAAUCCUUUCUACACGGAGCUGUUUGAAGAUCCAUACGUCAGUACGACCGAAGAUGUCUAUUCAUCUUACAACUACAACCCUCACGAAGACUUUGCCGAAGUUUUACUGCGGACGGGCAAACUGGCCGAAACCAACAGCGAGGGACAGAAUCUUUUUCCUGCAACAGAGGUGCUUCUUCAGCUGGCCAGUGAUGCCUUUCCCAAAGAUAUGACACUUGCCCUGGCCUAUUUGCUGGCUUUACCUCAGGUAUUGGAUGCUAACGCUUGUUUUGAGAAGCAGCCCCCCACAGCCCUGUCUCUCCAGUUAGCGGCGUAUUACUACUCUCUUCAGAUCUACUCUCGCCUCGCACCCUGCUUUAAAGACAAGUGCAGCCCACUUUACCGGGCCGAUCCCAGAGAGCUGAUUCGUCUUGUGACCAAACAUGUGACCGACCAUGCUGGACGUGAUUGGGUGAAUGAGGAACUGGAGGCUUUGAUUGGACAGUUGCGACUUUACAGUGAGAGAUUGACAGACUUCACUCAAGCUCAGGUGCUCCAAGGUCUUGGCCGUGGGGUCGAUGUCCAGAGAUUUAGCAAUGACAACCAGUAUAAGAAAGAGACCAUUCUUGGCCUGGCUGAGACAUUGGAUGAAAGUGUGUACGGAAUCUCUUGCUCUUUGGCUCAGCGGUACUGCAUUCCUCUUUGGGAGGUGCACAUGACCCACCUUGAGUUUCUCUUUACUGAUAGUGGCCUCUCCACUAAAGACAUCGAGAGCCGAACCGAGACCCUGGGCCUUCUGCAGACUCUGAAGGGUGACCCAGAGGCGUUCUACACGCACAUGACUAAAUAUGUUUACCGCAGCAUAGCCGGAACCGAUCAGCUGAGACUUCUCUUCUACUUCACCCUCCUGGAAAACUGCGGCUGCGCGGACUGCUUCCCUCCAUCUGCAAUGAAGCCCGACACUCAUCUUAAAUUGCUGAAGAAACUCAAAGCCGUCGCAGUCGGACUGGACUAUAAGAUGCUGAUAGAUGAGGAAUCCGAUCCUCUGAAAGCUAUGGAGCCUGUUUUGACCAGUCAGAACGUCCUGUCGAUCUCCAAGCUGGCCCCCCGAAUCCCACAGCAGGGAGGAGACGCGCUCACCUCCAGCGCCGUCCACGCUACCUGGCUACAUAAACUCUUCUGGGAGGGAGAUCAGAAUGUGCUGAAAAAAGCUCCUCAGAGUGAUCAAGACUUCAUUAAUGCCUACGACACCUGUGCAAAAUACUUUGACCGACUGCUGCCCUCAGAUGCUGUUAACUUUCUGGAUGCCAUCACCUUUUCCCCUGCAGCAGCCAAUAAGCUGUCUGUAGGUGUCAGGCUGGAGAUCACCAAACGUGCACAGAAGGUUUUGAAAGGCAUCAGCAACAAGGCUAAGAAAAAGGGAAAUAAUGACCAGGGUGAAAACCCCGCCUCCAACUUUGACUACGCCCUGACUCAUCUGGAGCAGUCUCUAGCACAUCUGGAAACUUUAAGCCACUCCUUCUUCCUGUCGCUCCAAGCAAGCCAAGAGGAGCUCUUACAGAAGUACAGUCGCAUUUAUGACCUGUCCCGGUCCGAGCCAUCCAAGGUGCACCAUCUGGCCAUCACAAUGGCCAUGGAUGGACAGCCUCUCCAACGAAUCGAGCAGCUGCUUGCUGUCGCCGUGGGAACGAGCAACCUGUCACCGAAGAGUGUCGUGCAGGACGCAGUGGAGCGAAUCAUAACUGCUCUCAGCGGUGACAAGGACGCUCUGAAAGAUUAUGCAGACCCCUUGAAGGUACUGGAAGGAAUUGUGGAAGCGGUGCACACUAAUGUACUGAGCGGUGGGAAUAUGGUCACAUCCGAGGACAUGCUGGAAUGGUUACGGCCGUUUUGCGGUGACGACUCUAAACCGGUGCGACCCCGAAUUGAGGUUCUGCAGAUUCUUGAACAAUCCUUUAACCUCAGUGAUCAGGACAUCCAUCUACUGGUGUUCUUCAGGAGCCAAGCGGUUCUUAAAGCUUGCUGGCCAAGCAGAAAGUGUGAGAUGAAAGACGUCGAGAACGAAGAGAGACGAAACUCUUUGUUUCUGGAACUGUUGGAGUGUAGCAGUAAAUGGGAGGAGUUUCAACACAUCAUGCUCCUCCUACAGGCGUGGCCACCGAUGACUGAGAAGUGCAGGCUUGAGACGGAACAGAACCCCUGGGUGCGUCUCACAUCAGCCCUGCUUACACACUCCUCAAGCUUCUCCGAAAUCAACGUUGGGAAUGAGAUUCUUACUAUUUGCCGCUCGCUCUACCCAACCAAACACAAACUCAUUCCACAGUGCAUUGGGCACAUUUCCUCCCUGCUGCUGAACGUCGGGUUGAAGCUACCCGCUCUGAAGAUGAUGACCGAGAACGGUGAUGAGCAUCUGCACAAACUGACCCUGGACCAGAUCAAAGACAUCGCAGAUGUGACUGAAGAUGUGUGUGACCCUGAGCUUCUGUCUCUGCUGUUGAAUGCCGGGAUGUUGAUCUGCUGUGUGGACACAGCUCUGUAUUCUCGUCUGAUCUCUCACAUGCUAGCUCAGGGGGAUUGGGAUGUGGAGAAGGCUGCCCGAGAGCUCCACCAGGCCGGCCACAGCACUGAGGCCGGCUCCUUGCUCUUGUCCUUCCGCGGAUCUCACCCAGGGCUUUUCACCUUCAACAGCGCCCUCGCCGUCGUUCGAAAAUGGCUCUGAGGGAAGCAUGUGGGCACACCAUGAUACAAAGGGAUUGUGUGUGACUUUGAGAGUGUCAUUCUGUGUGAAUAGGAUUAUGUUAAUAAAGGAAGGAUGCUAGUCUUUCUCGUCUAAAUAAAAUCUAAAUAUGAAUGGACCGUUGGCACGAAAUGCUAAAGUGCAAAAGUCAGUCAUAAUUAACCUGAGCUUCAACAUAUCAGACUAUGUACUGGACUUCCUGUUGGCAAAGGAUUCAAAUCGCUUUCCUUUUUUCCUCUCUCUCCUGCCAUCUCUCCUGAAUGAAGCCCGGUGACACGGGUGUAAUUACAUUACUUCGGCUGUUUGGUCACGCUAGCCUGCGCUAAUAAUUAUUAUAGGCCAGAGUCGGAAUUGAAAACGCCGCAUGUGUGCUGACGGUGGGUUCGCACGUGUAUGUGCGACUUCACGGCUGAUCGUUCCGUGCGCAGCUUUUGCUCUUUCUCUUUUGUAAGGCUAUUAAUUAUUUUUUGAAGAAAACAGAUUAGGCCUUCGGGCGGACUCAUGCACAUGAUUCUUUAAACACACGCAUACGGAUGCGCUACAAACUGUGUGGGGUAAUUCAGCAGUAAUGUGACUUAUCUGUGCAUUUUAGGUGAAUUUGUCAUCAGUAUUCAAUAAAUGUAUCACA